GGACUAUCUACCGACACUCCGAUCUGCCAAGACUAAUCACCCACCAGCACAAUUGCAUUUCGUAAAAUAUCUCGAAACUUUUCCGCAUCGUCAACCUCAGCGUCAACAAACCACCCCGCAACUACAUCCAUCAUCUCCUGCCGGAGCGUAUCAACCGUACCACAAAUCUAAGAUCAAUCAGAUCUUCACACGCAACGAUGGCACCAACAAAGAAAGCCAAGAAGUCCGCUGACGGAAUCAACUCUCGUCUUGCACUGGUCAUGAAGUCCGGUAAAGGUAAGAGUCUGGAGAUACCCUCAACUCUGCGACACUCACUAACCGAUUAAUCACAGUCACUCUCGGAUACAAGUCAACCCUCAAGACCCUCCGAUCCGGAAAGGCCAAGCUCGUCAUCAUUGCUGGCAACACCCCUCCUCUCCGAAAGAGUGAACUCGAGUACUACUCCAUGCUUUCCAAGACCAACGUCCACCACUUCCAGGGCAACAACGUGAGUAUACACCCAUAUCCCCUCUUCAAUGGAUGAAGCAUGCUUCUCCAGGCUCCUGGCGAUCAGAUCUCGGUCUGUGAAGGAGUGGCCCAGCGAAAAAGUCUCUGACUUUGGAGGGUACAAAUCAUUUGCUUACUUUUCUCGAUGACAGAUUGAAUUGGGUACCGCAUGCGGAAAGCUUUUCAGAUGCUCCACCAUGGCCGUGUUGGAUGCAGGUGACUCCGAUAUCUUGUCUGGACAGACUUCUUAGGUGCAUAUCUGGAGGAAAAUGGAUUAAUAGUUCAUUCAUUGGUGUAAUGCAUAAAUCAUAGCAUAACGAAUGAAACGACUUCUCAAUACAA